AUGAAGAGAGCAAAGCUGAGCGAGAACAAUGAAGACAGGCUCAGUGAUUUGCCUGAUUGCGUUCUAACUCACUUAAUGUCGUUUCUGCCAACCCAAGUUGCUGUUCAAACUUGCAUCUUGUCGAGGAGAUGGAAGGAACUCUGGAAACGUCUUCCUACGCUUAUAUUACAUCAAUGGCACUUUCGACACGGGUGCUUGUUCGACAAAUUUGUGCCUAAGGUUCUUUCUUUCCGUGAUGACUCUGUUCCACUCCACCAUCUUGAAUUCUAUGAUGAGGGCCGUUUUACUAGCCAUGCUCUGAAAAUGGUUUUGAGAUAUGCUUUAUCUUAUGAUAUCCAGCAGUUAAAACUCACUUAUAAUUGUGAUCCUCCUGAUUUGCCACCUUCCUUAUUUCUGUGUCAGACUUUAACAUCCCUUGAUCUCACAGUUAACCGCAGACCUCACUUAUUUCCAAAAUUUCUAAAUCUGACAGCUUUAACAAGUUUGCGUCUUCAACACUUCACCUUUGGUGACAGUGAAUUGGUGGAGCCAUUUUCGUCAUGUAUUAAGUUGAAGACUUUGCAUAUCUCUGCAAGCAAUCUUUCUUCUAUUAAACAAGUAAAUAUUUAUGUUGAUCCAUGGGCUGCAUUGUGUAACUCGCGUUCAGGUUUUAUCCUCUUUAGCUGGCUCCAACUAUUUGCUAACGUGAGAUCAUUGACACUCUAUUCAAGUACUCUUCGGGUUCUCUCCUCCAUCCCAGAUUUAUUGAAUACCGAAGCCCCUUGCUUCGGUAACUUGAAGUCAUUGAUAGUGAAAGUGAAAAACAUUUUGCCUCCAUAUGAAAGGCCAGGAUUAGCUUUGAGAUACAAGAAACCAGAAUUGAAACCUGUACCAGUCAGAGUAGUGGAUUACUUGAUUCGAAACUCCCCUUUCGCGGAGAUCACUAUCAUAAAUUGUGAAGUCAGUUUCGAAGAAGAUGCUCACAGGAUUGGCAUUGAUCUGAGUCUGAUUGAUGUGAGAAAGACGAGGGCAGGACGUUUUGCCUCCACAGAGAGGGCGGAGUUGAGAGCAUUCUCCGACGUGCAUGAACAAGAAGGAAGCCACCCGGGUGGGGUUCAUCUACAGAUGAUGGGUCAGAAUGUGACCGAAUGCAUUGGUGGGUCGAGGACGGUCACGUUUGAUGAUCUUAGUGUAGGAAAUCUUAGAUUUAUGCGGAGGCGGUUUAGGAUCUAG